CCGCCUCAAUUUCCGUCGCAACGUGGAGACGAGGAGAGGCAAGUCGCUGCUUCCGGCCCAUAGUGGAUUGUGCGGUAAUGUCCGGCGCCAGAAAGGUACCCGGUAGGAAAAGGACUACUGCAAUGACACAGGGAUUCAUUUCUUUACGUGAUGCAGAAGUUGCUUGCAAGAGGGCAAAUAGCCUUGCUAAGAAAUUUACACCUUCAGUUGCAAAAUCAUGGGACUAUUGUGGAGAAGGUUUUCAAGAAUUAUUACAUAAGGAGGAUAAGAGAUCCAUGAGACAAGAUUUAAAAGUAGUCCGAAACCUUGCACCUGCACUUCAUUCUGCUGAAGAUACAACAAACACUGGCAGUCAGAACUUGGAGGAAAGUGCAGAAAUUGUGUGGAGUUCCAGUGAGAGUGAUUUAUCAGAUGGAGAGGUAAUGACUAGUAAUUCAAGAGUUACGAAGGAAAGAAGAUCUGUUCUAAAAAGCCAGAGUACAGCAAACACCUCCCACAAGUACAGCUGCAUGCUAAAUUCAUUAACAAGCAGUCAGUCCAGUGAAGAAGAGUUUGCAAUUGACUGGGACAGUGUUAGUGAUGAUGAAGGUGAGAUUUCGGACCAAAAUGAGCGUUCAUUGGACAUACGAUGUACUGAUUCCGAUGCUUCAGUGAGCAGUAAAGCGAAAUGCAGAGAAAGUGCAACUCCGCAAUCAGAAUCAUUAACAGUAGCAGAAGAUAUUUUAGAAUUUUCAUCUGAUAAUGAAAGCACAACCGAACAGGACAAAGCUGAAAAGUCCACUCCAUCCACUUCUACACAACCCAACUUAUCUGUUUCUGAGUCUGGACGUGAUCGGCCCUCUGUCAGGUCAGCAAGCGAUUGGUUGAAAUGUGCACAAGCAUUUCUGCACACACCUGAGAAGCAAAAGAGAAAUACAUUAAAAACCCCAGAAGAUUCUGCCAAAAAGAAAAGAAAAAUUCUCAGGGGAGGACUAGCAGAAAGGUUAAACCGACUACUGUGCAGGGAGAGGUCUUCCAUCAAUUUUUGGAGACAUCAGUCUUUAACUGAUUCCAGAAUUCAUAUAGGUGAAAAAGAAGGUAUUUUAAUGGUGAAAAUCUUGGAGUUACAUGAAGAAUGUUCAAUGUUCGUAGCCUUGUGCCAGCCAUUAAUUGAAACCUCCAUGGAGCAAGUAAUUAAAUAUGAUGACUCUGACGCCAAAACCCUGCUCACGAUUUUAUUCACAAGAGAAACAGCAUCCCACCUCAGAAUGUGUGCAGGAGAUACUGUUCAUAUCCAUCCACCUUGGCAGAAGCUUGAGGUACAAGGUGAAAAAUCUCCUGUUAUUCUGUGCACAUACUUCAGUCGGAAGAUAUUUUCAGAAAAGAUUGCUGGAACGAAAGUUAAAGAUCGCUCUCCUGAAAAGUUACCUAUACUCAAAAAAGCUCCAAUGUCUUUAGCUGUGAAAUUCAAUCUAACUGAUGCUGGAGAGAAAUAUAGUUCAACAGAUGAGGACAUUGCACUAACUACAGGAAAAACACAACGUAAGCCAAGCCAACAGGAGAAAUCAAUUCAAGUGUUGGACUUUGAAUAUAAUUUUGCAGCUAAUAGUGUAUGUGAUUCAUUACUUGAAGUAAUUGAAAGCCAAGGAGCAACAGGAUGGGGAAAGAAAAAUCUGAAAGUUGUUAUUCAGAGAGUAUACUGUCUUCCUGUAAAGGAUACUCACAACCAACUAAUCAGAAGCACCCUAAUGGAUCAUUCCCAGUGUUCAAACGUGGAUCAACAAAAUGCAAGGCUUUGCCUUCUCGUACAAGACUCGUAUGGUUUAUUUAGUGAAGUUCACCAGCAGACAUUUUGCUCAGUGGAAGAGGACCUGCAGUCAAACAAUGCUUGCUGGGAGGGAAAGACAUGUUACCUGAGAGAAAUGAAGAUUCUACAGAGAACAACAAGGGGAAGGUCUUCAGGGCUGUUCAGUCUGAUUGAAAGUCUGUGGCCUCCAUUGGUUCUUCCAAAAGUCCAUGGGCAAAGUCAAGACAGCCAAGAGCAUAUAAAUUUGGCAUCUGGCGAAAUUAUGCCUGUUCCAAGUUUUUGCUAUGUUCUUGCCCCUCUCCCAGGGGAGGGUGGAGUGGAGGUGCUUCAGAAUGAAACUAUAUCUGACCUUUAUCGACCUGCAGCAAUACACGAUUUAAAAUAUAUUCUUCAGCAGAUUCCUGAAAAUCAACGAUGUAGUUUCCAAGCAAAAGUCAUUUACAGAAAAGUUCAGGAUCAAAAAUCCACUCAACUCUCUGGCAUGAAUGAUUGGCUUUUUGUGACUGAUUCGACACUGCAAUCUGCAAGUGUUGAUUUUGGACUACCUAGAACCAUCUCAAUCUGUGUCACCUCAUUCUGCAUGCUGAGUUCUGAGAUUAUUAAAUCACUAAAUGAUGGAAUAUCCAACAGUAUUAUGUUCAAAGAUGCCAUAGUUGAAACGGACUCCGUUGUUUGUGCUGAGGGUACUGUACUUUCACUUCAGAAAUCAGUGUCUCAGUGCAAUGAAAACCAGGGAACAUCUGCAUUGACUGGACAAGUUAUCCUUGAUGAACUCAGUGCUACGACCAAAGUAAAUUCUAUAUGUACAGUUCAAGGAACUGUGGUUGGCGUGGAUGAGAACACUUCUUUCUCCUGGAUAGUUUGCAACAAAUGUGGAAAUGGAAAAUUGGAAAAGGUGCUUGGGGAAUGUGACCUGUUUCAUUGCCAUCAAUGUGGUCAGUCUGUGACGACACCACUAACCAAGAUCCAAUUGGAAGUGUUCCUGCACUGCCCUGUGCUGCCGAACUGCACCAUAAAAGUGAAGCUACGGGAACCAAGCAUUUCAACCCUGUUGAUGCAUUCCUCCAGGGAUGAAGAGGGCUAUGAAGUAGACUGUGUUCUUGGAAAGGAGGUGGGGCCUCUCAGCUGCUUUGUCCGUAGUUCUGUAACAAAUCAUCCAGCAAUCUGGAUUGGAUUGGAAGAAAUCAGUCUGCUCGAGGUGGUAACUCAGCCUCAGUGAAAUGUAGAUUAUCACCCAUCAGCAAUUGUUGUUCCAAUGACGGUUAAAUGUUUGCUAUUUUAUAACGAAUAUCUGACAUUGCAUUAUAUAUUUAUGAAUCUCGUGAAUUGUAAAUAAAUAAUUACUUUGGGUA